AUGAAAAACACAGAGUAUCAGCAAAACAUCACAGUUCAGUACUGCUUUCCUGACAAUAAUGCAUCUUGCAGAAAGGAGGUGCGAACAGGCCCUGCUUAUAUGUUAUUGUUCAUUUUUCUCUCAUGUGUAUCUGUGUGCACUGUGUUUCUGAACCUGCUGGUGAUCAUCUCCAUCUCUCACUUCAAGCAGCUCCACACUCCAACCAACCUGCUCAUCCUCUCUCUGGCUGUGGCGGAUCUUCUCGUGGGGUUGUUUGUUAUGCCUGUGAAUAUAAUGCAAAUUAUAGACUCUUGUUGGUACUUUGGAAGAAUGGCAUGUUCUGUUUUUUCAGUGGUCAGUAAUCUCUUAAUAUCGGCAUCUCUCUGUAAUCUAGUUUUUAUUGCAGUGGAUCGGUACAUUGCUAUCAGUGAUCCUCUACUUUAUUCUAGUAGAAUUACAGUUGAUAAAAUAUCUGUGUGCAUAAUUCUAGGCUGGUCUUAUUGUCUAAUAUAUAUUAUUAUUUUGAUGCACUGUAAUGACCACCUCUCUCCCUCUCAGAUGUCCAUUAGAUGUUAUGGAGAGUGUGUGAUCCAUGUUAAACAUUCUUGGCUGAUUGCUGACCUCGUAUUUUCUUUUCUAGUUCCUUGCUCUGUUAUACUGGUCUUGUAUUCACUGAUUUUUAAAGUGGCAAGACGUCAAGCUAAAGCUGUUCGAGCUGUGACAAAUGAUGCCUCACACAAACAUGGAGAGAGAAUUUCAAGCUCUUCUGAAACCAAAGCAGCAAAAACAUUGAGCAUUGUCAUAUUUGUUUAUCUUGCUUGCUGGAUACCUUUUUAUACAAGUUCUCUGUCAGUUGAAAGCUUGACAUCUUCAUCAAGGGUGUGGACUGUGUUUAUCUGGCUAAUAUACAUGAACUCUUCUGUGAAUCCACUAAUUUAUGCUAUUUUCUAUCAGUGGUUCAGAGCAUCAGUUAUGUAUAUUGUAACCUGUAAAAUAUUUGUAUCUUCAAGGCUUUUAUUGUUCCCUGAACAUGUUUAAUUCCAGACUGAAUC